AUGCCAAUGCGGCUGCGGCUGGCGCUGCACGGGCGGGCACACGCGAAGGUGUUCCACCUGGUCGCUGUCGACGGGCGGGCGCGGCGGGACGCGCGGCCCGCGGAGCUGCUGGGCGUGUACAACCCGCAUGUCCAGCCGGGCCAGAAAAACAAGACCGUCCAGUGGAGCGUGGAUAGGAUAAGGUAUUGGCUGCAUGUGGGCGCGGUGCCGAGCGGGGCGGCGGUGAGGCUGCUUGAGCUGGGGAAUAUUUUGAAGCCGGGGUCGGUGUACCACCCGCGCGAGGGCCAGAAGCAAAAGUCGCAAAAGCAAAAGUUGCAGCCCCCACAGACACUAGCGGACAUCCGCGAAAAGCUCGCUAACCAGCCAUAA